UCGCGACGUUCAAAAUGGAGAUGCCGCGUAUCCAAAAAACAAACUGAAUUGUAACUGGGUUUAACUGAAAGAAAGGACUAACUUUUUGAAUAAAUUUGAAAAUAUGUGUUAUCAGUGAUACGUGAAUAAUAGUAUAUAAAAAUGAACAAUCAAAAGAUGGGUUCAAUUGUUCUGAGGUCGCUAUCGAUUUUGCUGGGUUUGUUUUUCAUUUUUGUGGGUUUGAUUAAAAUAUCUAGUGUGCUUUCAAAGGAUUUACACAAAGAUCUGAGAAAGGAAUACGUGAAAUAUGCCAAAGUAUUCCCAUUCUCCGAAAUGAUGGAUUUCAAGAUCCCAUCAAAAUGGUAUAGACGGACGGUUGGGGCUCUGGAGAUGAUAUGUGGCGCUGCAAUGGCAUUCAUUCCAAAUCAUAAAAUAAAAAAUGCCUCCAACAUUAUCCUCCUCCUACUAACCCUGAUGGCGGUCUACUCCCAUUACAUGGUGGCGGACAAGCUAGAAAGAACGGCACCAGCUCUAGUUUUUCUAUUCAUGCUCAGCGGGCGAUUGGUGGUUUAUUUCCAACUACAGAGGAGGGAAGAGGAUCACAUGGAACCAACUGUCAACGGCAUGAAACAGGAGUAAACGAAAAUAACUAGAAAUAGGCAAUUUUUGUUAUAAGAAAAGACAAAGGAUGCGGAAAGUUGAUAAAAUGAAAAAGUGAUGGAAAUUCGUGUUUUCAAAUGAAGUACUGGGAUGCGACCACAAGUUAUGAAUAUUUUCAAUGUGAUAUAUUAUUUUUCCUGAUGAAAAGUUUCAUUAAAAUAUUUGGCGAAAACUAAUGCGAUACUGAAUAAUAGUGAGAGCUGGUAUUACUCUUUGAGUCUACAUUUAUAUUUGUAACUUAAUCUUAUGCUGACUCAGUAAUCACAGUCGCCAUUCUGUUUUUUUUGUGUGAAUCGAAGUGUAUCAGAAAGUAAAGACCGAUAGAAAACAUCUUAGCAAAAACUGAAAUAUGCUCGACCAACUUCAUAAACAAUAUUACCGAAUUAUGAUAUCUUUUUGAUACCCCCUAUAAAAGUAAAAUCAGGAAAGAAAAAUGAAUGAUCUUAGUGUAACUAA